AUGACGAUCUUCACUAAGACCGAAACCACCGACGCCGAGAAGAAAACUGUCGAAGGCGUCAAGGAGGACACCCCAAAGCAGGUGGUCGUCUGCGAAGCUGAUGAGGAGAAGCACAUCAGCAACUGUGGGUGGGUACCCAUGGAGGGAGGAAACUUCGACCGACCAAAGGAGAAGAGAAGCUCUUCGUUUGGACCACUCUCAAUCAUUCGUCUUUCUCCAUCACCAUUGGCCCGUACUCCAUCUCCAUCUCCACCGGAUUAUGAAAAUGCUGUGAAUGCUCGCAGAAUGCGCCGAUGCACCAAGCUCACUUUCACACUUAUCGCCAUCUUCAGUUUCGUUAUUUUGGUGUCUUUCUUCCUUUAUCAACAAGGACUCAUCAGCGUUGCCUACCAAAAAGGAGUUUACCAUGGAUGGAACGCGGCUACCUUCUCUAACCGUGGAACGACUGAGCGUUUGGUUCAAAAUGUUGAAAUCAACGCCAACGAUUCGUACGAGAAGAUUGAUGUCCCAAAGUUCGGAUCCAACAGACCAGCUAUUUUCUUGCAUGAUUUCAAGCAGAAUCUUACUGCUAUUGUUGAUACUGUUGGAAACCGUUGCUUCGUCAAGGAGUUAGACCGAACCAAAAUCAGAAACCCGAGAAUGUUGAUUGAGAUGCUCAGAAACAUUGAUAUUAUGGCUCCAGAAGUUGCUUACGCACAAACGCGCGUUGUUCGUGAAACCUACAAUGUUGGAGAUGAGCUCACCAAAGCUGACAUUAGCGUGUUCAACAGCACUAUUCUUUCUCGUCACUGUGCAUUCCGUCAGACUUACAAGCUCAAGAAACAGGAAGCACAAACCCGCUCUAGACGAUCUGCUGGUAUUGGACCCGCUUUGACGUUUGCAUCCAUGGCUGGUGAGGAAGUGCAGUUGGAGGAGAUCAGCUUCUAA